GGAGAAAGGGAUGCGUGACGUCAUCACACGUGGUGGGCGGAGCCACUAGUAUAAUUACUACCAUUGAGCAGACGGCAAGGCGGUAUUGCACGUUAAACGUCGAUUCAGACGGAACAAACCACAGUGGACGGAUUAUUUGUCGUUUUAAAAGAAACCAGCUUCCGUCAUGACUAAGGACACAGAGGUGGACAUGAAGGACGUGGAGCUGAACGAGAUGGACCCCGAGAAGCAGCCCAUGACGGCCGACGCUCAGGUAGCCGUCGGGGAGAAGAACGGCAGCGUCAAGCUGAAGGUCCCCGAGGAUGAGGUUGCGUUCACGGGCCUGUCCAAGGAGGAGCUGAUGAAGGUGGCAGGAACUCCAGGGUGGGUGCGGACCCGCUGGAUGCUCCUGGUGCUGUUCUGGCUGGGCUGGGUUGGCAUGCUGGCCGGGGCCAUUGUGAUCAUAGUCCAGGCCCCUCGCUGCAAACCGCUCCCUGAGAUGAACUGGUGGAACGAUGGCCCUCUGUACCAGAUCCCUGACGUGGACGCUUUCUGUGGUGGAUUGGCAGGCCUUGAGAGUAAAAUAGAUGAGAUCAGCCAGUUGAAGGUCAAAGGUCUGGUCCUGGGACCUUUGCACACUGUGCAGGAAAACCAGCAAAGCACCCUGAAUCUCAAGGAGAUCGACCCAGCUGUUGGAGGAGAGGAACAUCUUAAAUCUGUGCUGAAAAAAGCCAACAACAAGGGUAUUAAGGUGGUGCUUGACCUGACUCCAAACUACAAGGGAAGCAAUCCAUGGUUCAGCUCUGGAGAUAUUGGUUCUGUGUUGGAGCAAGUCAAGGCUGCAGCAGAGCACUGGCUGGAAUUUGGUGUUAGUGGCUUUAAGCUGUCUGGCUUCAACGUUGCUUCGAACUCCCCUGACUGGCCCGAACUGCAGACUGCAGUCCAGGGCAACCACACCGAGGCCACCAGCAAAAGGUUGCUCAUGGGUGUGGUUGAACAUAAAUCAGCUGCAUCAGUGCAUCAGCUCCUCAACACCACUGGGGUAGCUCUCAUUCUGUCUGACCUGCUCAGCAACAAAACUGGAAGGGAACGUAUCAGGGCCAUGGACAGCCUUCACGCUCAGCAGAGACAGGUGGGCUGGGGUCUCGGCGCCGUCCAACAGGACCAGCUGUCUAAACAAGCAACGGGUCCUGCCCUGAUCCGUCUGUACCAACUCCUGCUGCUCACCAUGCCUGGAACCCCGGUGUUCACCUAUGGAGACGAGUUGGGCCUUGAGGGGAAUCAGAAACAUCCUAAAAUGGUUUGGAACGUAGAGACGGAAGCAGCUCAGAAUAAGUCUUUGGAGGAGUACGCUGCCACCAGGAAGUGGUUCAAAGGCCUCAGCGACCUGCGAGGCAAAGAGCGCUCUCUGCUCCACGGCGACUACUACCCUCUGUACGCCUCCAACUCCUCCCUCUCUUUCCUCCGCGUGUGGGACCAGAGUGAGAGAUACAUAACGGCCGUCAACUGGGGAGCAGAGAAACAGACGCUCAAGCUCAACCUGACGACGACAGAGGGACUAGAGCUGCCCAAGACGGCCAAGGUGAAGCUGUCAACGGACUCGAAGCUGAAGGCAGAAUCCAACGUCAACCUCGAAAGCGUGGAGCUGGAGCCUGGACAAGCCGUCCUGCUGCAGUUCCCCUACACGGGCUGAAGAUGGCGCCACACUAAAGCCUAGCUUUAGGACAGUCGCUCUUUAAAAAUGCUAAUUCCUCUUAAAUGUCCUUUUCAAGACAAACAACACAUUUCUUUUUGAUAUAAUGAAUAGUAGUUUGUAUCAAUUAACUUUGUCAGAACAUAAAGAAGUUGGGUAAAAGAAAGUUCCAGAAAAACCUUGUGAAGUGUUUCCAGUUUGGGUUGUAAAACUUUUUUUAUUUGAGUUUUUUAUGUGAGGAAGUGAUGCAGCUGCCUCAUGAGUGUUUGGUAUGUGUAGUGGGACAAAGACAUUCCUUCAUUGUUGUGUGGGCAAUUCUUUAGGUACUUUUUUUUUUUGUAAGUGUCAAAUUCAGUUUUAGACGGGUUUUACUUUUUUAGCCACCCCCAACUGUGUGAACAGGAAAAAACAAAUUCACUUUUGACAAGCGAGUCUAAAGUUUUUCCAGAGUACAGAUUAACACGAUGAAAUUAAUAAACAAUGUUCUGUACCGUC